CUGUUCUUCUGUCUCACUCUCUGUGGAUCUGCAAAGCUCAAAGAUUUAACACAGAAGAAAGAAGAAGAACUCAAAAAUCUCAUGGAAGAAGACGAGUUGGACUACCUACUGGUUCCAUUGGGGCUGCUGCUUCUUCUUCUCUAUCAUGUAUGGCUUCUUUUUACCAUCAUCAAGCAUCCUUCAAAGACUGUCGUCGGCUUAAACGCCCAGUCUCGUCACCAAUGGGUUUUCUGCAUGAUGUCCGAUCCCUUGAAAAAUGGUGUUCUGGCAGUACAAACAAUACGCAACAACAUAAUGGCGUCGACACUUUUGGCAACGAUAUCUAUCACUCUUAGUUCUCUGAUUGGUGUUUUCGUUAGCAGCGACGCAGACAACUCGACCUCGGAGAUAGUUUUUGGCAAUAAGACCCCACUGCUCUCUGCAAUCAAGUAUUUCUCCAUCUUGCUGUGUUUCCUGGUUGCCUUUCUUUGCAAUGUGCAGUGUAUUAGAUACUACGCCCAUGUGAGCUUCUUGAUCACUCUCCCUGCAUCGGUGGACAAUACGGAGACUGUUGAGUAUGUCGCAAGAAACUUAAACAGAGGAAGUUAUUGCUGGUCACUCGGACUGCGAGCCUUCUACUUAUCAUUCCCCCUAUUGCUUUGGAUCUUUGGUCCCAUACCCAUGUUUCUGUGCUGCUCCAUGAUGUCGUUUCUUCUAUAUUUCUUGGACACUACGAGCAGUUUCACGCGCCGACUUCACCGCCGUUCGUUCAACGAGGAUACGUUGAAAGCUUGUGACGUGGAAUCUAUUAGCCAAGUAUCGCAGAGAGUUUGUAUUGAAGAAUACAACCUUCACAGCCCUCUACUGCAUGCUGCCUCUAACAGUGCCUGCUAA